AUGUUCGCACGAUACACACUCCGAUCUGCCCAGCCUCUAGCACAGAGCGUGCGGAAAUAUUCAUCCGAAGCCCCCGCAAAAAAUGUAUUGCGGACUUCCCUAUAUACCGGUCUUGUUUUUGCAGCAGGCGCGGGCUUCUAUUACUGGCAAAAUAUCUCCGCGAAACCAGUGGUUGAGCUGAAGGAACGAAACGCAGUUCUUAAAGGAGGGGAUCAAGGAUGGGUUGGCUUGAGGCUGGUCGGCAUUGAGAACGUCAGCCAUAAUGUCAAGAAAUUACGAUUUGAGUUUGAGGAUCCCGAGAGCGUUUCUGGAGUUCAUGUUUCUUCCGCCGUUCUGACGAAAUAUAAGGGACCUAAGGACGAGAAACCAACUAUCCGUCCUUACACUCCCAUCAGUGACGAAGACCAACCUGGCUACCUCGAGCUGCUGGUGAAGAAGUAUCCCAACGGCCCAAUGUCCACGCACCUUCACAACAUGGCGGUUGGACAACAGCUUGACUUUAAGGGCCCCAUCCCCAAGUAUCCGUGGGAAACAAGCAAGCACGACCACAUCUGCAUGAUUGCAGGAGGCACGGGUAUCACACCCAUGUAUCAACUAAUCCGCAAGAUCUUCAGGAACCCAGAUGACAAGACGAAGGUAACCCUUGUCUUCGGAAACGUCACAGAGGAUGAUAUCCUUUUGAAGAAAGAGUUGGAAAAGCUCGAAAACACCUACCCGCGACGCUUCCGUGCAUUCUACACCCUGGACAAACCGCCCAAGGACUGGCCACAGGGAACUGGUUUCAUCACUAAGGAAUUGCUCAAGACAGUGCUCCCUGAACCGAAGACGGAAAAUAUCAAGAUCUUUGUCUGCGGCCCUCCGGGGAUGUACAAGGCCAUCAGUGGGCCGAAGGUCAGUCCAAAGGAUCAAGGAGAGCUUACCGGUAUGCUGCAGGAUCUUGGGUAUACCAAGGAUCAGGUUUACAAGUUCUAG